AUGUUUGGCAAUUUCAUUAUCUCGUAUGCUGCACCAUGGUUCCGUUCCAACGGCGUCGCUAACAAUCGCAUAUUUUACCCCAGGAAGAUGCUUGAUCAGACAGGCAUCAGAGAUACUGUGAAACAAACUCGGAUCCAAGUCAUUCUCAACAGUUUGGCUCUUGCUGUGGCUGUCUUUGGUAGCUUCAUGCUCGAUGUUCUCAACCGACGAUUCCAAAGCUACAUCAUCGGAGGGCCGAUCAAAUCUUCGCGACACCACUAUGUUGGUUCCAACAUGAUCACCGAAUAUGGAGAAAGUAUCAACCAGUCCGGGCUUUAUGGCAACCUUGCUAUCAUCUCCUUUUUCCAAGGUUUCUACACCUUUUACUCUACUCCAAUGACCAGAUUUUACCCUACUGAAAUUUCUCGUCACAAGCUCCUAGCUACUGGUACCGCCGUUUUUCGUAUGCUGGAUGCUGACUUUGGGCUUGUUGACUGCACCCAUAUCCAAGGGCUGUUGCUGGCGUGAAACAGGCUGCUUGCAUCGUUUUUCAUGGCUUAUGCUAUGGCAGACUUAGGUCGGGAAUUCUAUUUUAUGUACUUCAUGGAACCUGGUUUUCGUGAAUUGCCUAUUUCACAUCUAUUGAGAUCAAUGUCUUAAUAAAGAGGAAAUUACAGAUAAGUUCAACCGAUCCCGAAUCAUCAAUGCGAUUGACAAUAUUUCAGACUCCCAAG